AGUUGAGAUGAAGUCCUAUAAAAGCCAGUGGGGUUGUCACCCGUAGAAGAUAGACUGGCUUUGCGCCUCUCUGGGGAAGAAAGUCGCUGGGUUGUGCUGUCGCUAUGUCUUUUCGAUUUUCUGGGGGAUCCCGGGUCUGUUCCCGAGCUGGGUCUGUCAGGCUGUCCAGGGCAGGGGCAGGCUUUGUGGCUGGGAAUGUGUGUGUGGGGCCCGGAGCAGAAAGCAGCUUUUCUUGCACCCUUGGAGGCAUCUCUUCUGGAGGAGGCUUUGGCAGUGGCAAUGAGAUGUCAGGAAGGGCUAACAACACUGGUUUCCUUAACAAUGAGCCUGGACUCCUCUCUGGGAAUGAGAAGGUGACCAUGCAGAACCUCAAUGACCGUCUGGCAUUGUACCUGAACCACGUGAGUGCCCUGGAGGAGGCCAACACUGACCUGGAGAAGAAGAUCGAGGGCUGGUAUGAGAAAUAUGGUCCUGGCAGUGACCGUGGACUCAACUAUGACUACAGCAAGUAUUUCUCAGUCAUCGAGGAUCUGAAAAGACAGAUUGUUUCUAUGACCACUUUCAAUGCCAACCUUAUUCUCCAGAAUGACAAUGCUAGACUCACGGCGGAUGACUUCAAGAUGAAGUAUGAAAACGAGCUCGCUCUGCACCAGAGUGUUGACGCUGACACCAACGGUCUUCGCAGAGUGUUGGAUGAACUGACGCUUUCUACAACCGACUUGGAAAUACAGCAUGAGGCUCUGAGCGAGGAGCUGAUGUACCUCCAAAAGAACCACGAGGAGGAAAUGGAAGUCCUGCAAAACGCAUCAGGGGGGAACAUCAAUGUGGAGAUGAACGCAGCCCCCGGCGUGGAUCUAACCGCCAUGUUGAACAACAUGAGGGCUGAAUAUGAAGAUCUGGCUGAGCAGAACCGAAAAGAUGCAGAGGCCUGCUUUAAAGAGAAGAGUGCGACACUACAGCAACAGAUUUCCGAUGAUGCAGGAGCAGCCACGGCGGCCAGAAAUGAGCUCACGGAACUGAAACGCAACCUGCAGACUCUGGAAAUAGAACUUCAAUCCAUCUCAGCCAUGAAACAAUCCUACGAAAGUUCACUGGCUGAGACGGAAGGGAAUUACUACUCCCAACUCCAGCAAAUCCAGGAGCAGAUCAGGGUGCGGGAGGAGCAGCUGCAGCAAAUCCGAACAGAGACGGAAGGCCAGAAGGUGGAGCACGAGCAGCUGCUGGGCAUCAAAACAUGUCUAGAGAAGGAAAUCGACAUGUACUGCAACUUACUAGAUGGAGAGGAACGAAGAAAUGAGUCCACGAGUUACAAGCCUGCGAAUGAAGCCAGUGACUCAACAGAAGAGUCGUUUAUGAGAACGGUGGCUGAAGAGCUAGAUCAUCUUGGCAGCCUCCUUUCCCUGCGAGUGCACUCUGUAGAAGAAAAGUCUUCUAAAAUCAGCAACAUCACCAUGGAGCAGCGGGUGCCCUCCAAAGCCCCGUGAUGAUAGGAAGAUGAUCCACAACACAAAAAGCUGCCUCUGCAAAAUUCCAUUGGCCGAGUAACCCAAGAAAAUUAUCCAUGUCUGUUCUUAAACUCAAAAGGACUAGACUCAGGUUUCCUUUUCUUCAUCUUCUCACACUGUCAUUGGCAACACAGGUGGAGGUGCCGGGACCCUUCCAUGACAGAGAAAAGAAAUCCAUGGAGAGCUGAUAUGAA